AUGCUUGACUUUGCGACUCAUAAGUUGCACUCAUCAAUAUGGCGUCAUUACGGUUAUGGGCUAGCUAACCUUAUUCCAGCAUCAACAGGUGAAGAAACUAAAACUGAUGAGCCCCAUGGAGUUGCAACUGUCGAGCCACCUUUGACAGUGGCGGUGGAAUUCCCAUCCGUAGAUUUGGCCGAUCAAUCCCAAGGCCAAUUUCAUCUAGGAAUGAGCCUUGGCAAUCAUAUUACAUGCGAAUCUCCUGUUUCUGUAACGUCACCUGCUUCUAACACGAAAAAGCGUAAGCUACCUACGACGACUCAACGUGUUGUCCGAAGAAGGAUUAAUGCUGCAAAUCGUCUUAAAAUAGAUGAGUUUACACAAUUGUCAAGUGGAGAUCUUCGCCAUCAAUUUAAUAGUGCGAAUGAGCUUGUUGUUUCGGCUGCCAGUUUGAGGGCACUGCCCUUACACGAACGUGCGAAGAGGCACGCGUGUUCUAAAAGUGUUCCACGGCUUUUUGCGCUCCCAGCCAGCUGGAAUAUUGGAAUUAGCUUGUCUCUAGGCGAGCUUUGGAGGAGACAUCGUCGACUCUGCGAACUGCAUCGCAACUAUAUCAUACACCAAAACGACUUAGCUUUCGAAGAGCUUGCUAGUAAACGUAGCAAAGCUCCUGCUCCGGCUAUAGCUGUCGUAGAUGAAAGCAUGAUGGAGAUGUCUUCUCGUGAAGAGAUUCGUUUGGGAGCUAGUGGUUCAACUUCUUUCGUUUUAGGACAGAAUUCUCUGCUGGCUCCCGGCGCAGCCAGUCGAAGCCGCAGUCGGAUUGUUGCAGACGAUACGAUACAACCACAAUUUGUUCUGGACCUUUUUUGA